AUGUCUGACGGCGAAAUCGAGGUCGAGAGCCCUUCCGGCUAUGCCAUCCUUCCCAAGGAUGUUACCGACGAAAUUGGCAGCGUCAAGCUGUUCAACAAGUGGUCCUAUGAGGAGGUCGAGGUCCGCGACAUCUCCCUGACCGAUUAUAUCCAGAUCCGCUCCCCCGUCUACAUCUCACACUCGGCUGGCCGUUAUGCCGUCAAGAGAUUCAGGAAGGCACAGUGCCCCAUCAUUGAGCGCCUCACCAACUCGCUCAUGAUGAACGGCCGCAACAACGGAAAGAAGCUCAUGGCUGUGCGCAUUGUCGCUCACGCUUUCGAGAUCAUCCACAUCAUGACCGACCAGAACCCCAUCCAGGUCGCCGUCGAUGCUAUCGUCAACUGCGGUCCCCGCGAAGACUCCACCCGUAUUGGUUCCGCCGGUACCGUCCGUCGCCAGGCCGUCGAUGUCUCACCUCUCCGCCGUGUCAACCAGGCCAUCGCCCUGCUCACCAUUGGUGCCCGCGAGGCCUCUUUCCGCAACGUCAAGAGCAUUGCCGAGUGCUUGGCUGAGGAGCUGAUCAACGCUGCCAAGGGAAGCAGCAACUCGUACGCGAUCAAGAAGAAGGACGAGUUGGAGCGUGUCGCCAAGUCUAACCGAUAA